AUGCCUAGAAUCCCAGUUGAAGGUCAAGACUCCAUCAAUGUUGAGAUCCCUGGUGGCUCCAAAUACACAAUGACCCUUAGAUUCAAAGUCAAGAAUAGAAAUUUGACAGACUUGAAAUACAAACAAGUUGUUAAGAAAGGUGGUAUCACUAUUAGAUCGAGAGAGGUAGAAAUAGGCACAUAUGACGCAUCGGAAACCGAGAUUUACGAAAAGACAUUUGCCGAGGACGAAACUCCUGGCGGAUGGAUUAUGAGAGGUACAUACUAUUGUACCUCAACAUACUUUGCAGGUGACGAACAACUCAUUGUCAAUGACUGGACCCUUCAAAUCACUGCUUAA